CGUACUUUUGCCAGCUUGAGCUAACGCAUGGUAAAGCAAACUCCUAAGGAGCUACAUAGGUCUUGAGAAGAAGGUUGUGCUGCAUUAUAAAAAAUGCAAUCCCGGACACACUGUAAGUUCCCCAAGACCUUUCUACGUCGCGUUCGCGUAUGUAGCCAGUUCCCGCAGCGAACCUGCUGGCACUCAGCCAUCGAUACGUAACGGGUUAGGGCAGUUAGUGUAUUAGCAAUACGCUGCUAUUGAACCAGUACAUAUCAUAAUCAACUCCCCCAGUACAGCGAUAUAUACAGCCUUUUCUCCUCCACGCCCGCCAUGAACGCUGCCCGAUACACUCAUUGCAAGCAUGAACAACGGUAAUGCGCCCUUCACAAAUCGUGCACGCAACCGACAAGCGAGGAUCACAAAAAUGCCGCCUCUAGAAGACCCCAUACCACCUCCUAUAACACCUCAACACGGCAUAAAGAAAGGAAAGCUCUUCGUCACUGACUUUACCAUUACAAUACCCGGUUCAAAUGCUCGAAACCCGGCUGGACAUGAGCCAGGACCUUCAAAAUGGCAUACGCUGGAGUUCCGAUUGUAUACUCUAGUAUUUAUUAUGGUGGUACCAAUGAUGAUAUGGGUUCCUAUGAGAGUCAGCUUGCCAAGCCAUCCCAACUACUAUAAAUUUGCCCACAAGCUGUCACCAGGUUGGCUCUUUGGAAGACCUGUUGAUAACAGUGACACCCAAUACCGAUCCUUCCGAGACAACCUUCUCGCCCUUGUCGUCCUUUCCUCCGCUUACCUUGUCACUUCUUCUCUUCAAGCCCGCUUAGCUCCAUCCCCUUCUUCCAGGGCCAAAUUUAUUGCACUAUUCUCCACAUUUAUGAUAAUACUCCUCCAUGGAACUUCAGCUAUCAAGAUCAUCGCUCUGCUAGCCAUCAACUAUCACGUCUCGAAAUUUCCCGCCACGCCUUUAAUCCGCAAAUUUUGGCCCUGGUUGAUAAUCUGUGGAAACAUGGCAAUUCUCUUGUUUAACGAGAUAUGGGAAGGAUACAAGUUUGGAAGUUUGCAUGCGAAGCUCGGCGUACUGGACACUUAUAAGGGACUGUUGCCUAGAUGGCAUGUCGGUUUCAACAUUACGAUGAUGAGACUGGUUUCUUUUGGCCUAGACUAUAUCUGGAAAGAACCAUCGAAUAACACAUCCCCUCCAGCAGAAUAUCGCAAGCGUGUUCAGACAUCUGGCGCCGAACAAGAUUAUUCAUUCAUCAAUUACAUGGCAUACUGCUUGUACCCUCCUCUGUAUAUUGCGGGCCCUAUUAUGACCUUCAAUGAUUUUUUAUGGCAGCUUCGAGCUCCUGCGUCAAUUAGCGUACGAGCGAAGCUGACUUAUGCUGUCCGCUUUCUGUUCUGCAUCCUGACCAUGGAGUCAAUACUCCAUACAAUCUAUGUUGUGGCAAUUAAAGACACAGCGGCCUGGGAGGGAGAUUCGCCCGCCGAGUUGAGCAUGAUAGGAUUCUGGAAUUUGGUGAUAGUAUGGUUGAAGCUGCUCAUUCCUUGGAGAUUCUUCCGUCUUUGGGCUCUACUCGAUGGCGUUGAUCCUCCUGAGAACAUGAUCCGUUGUGUCGCGAACAAUUAUUCGGCUUUGGGUUUCUGGCGUAGCUGGCAUCGAAGCUUCAACCUCUGGGUUGUUAGAUAUAUUUACGUACCUGUGGGAGGAUCGAAGAACAUAAUCCCAGCCACAUUACUCGUCUUCACUUUCGUAGCUCUUUGGCAUGAUCUGUCAUUCAAAUUGCUUGCGUGGGGAUGGCUGGUCAGCUUAUUCCUCGUUCCUGAAAUACUGGUGAGAAAAUUAUUCGCUGCAGACAAGUAUGGAGCGCAUCCUCUAUAUCGUCAUGCCUGCGCUGUAGGCGCCGUGGCCAACAUUCUACUUAUGAUGACUGCCAACCUUGUCGGUUUUGUCUUGGGUCUCGACGGGACAAAGCAUCUUUUGCACGAACUUACAUCGACAAUAUCAGGGUGGUCUUUCAUGCUGUUUGCGAGCUCAUGUCUAUUUGUCGCCGCGCAAGUCAUGUUUGAAUACCGGGAGGAAGAAAAGCGCAGAGGAUUAGACAGGCGAUGUUGAAAUAAGCAAUAGACUCCGUACAAUGACAUUUGGGAUCACUUGGAUCAAGCAUUUUGAAGAAUUAGGAGCUGUGAAGUGAAAGUCAUCAUGGAGCGCCAAUCGACAGUAAUUCAAUGGCUGUAGCCACGCCGAAUAUAGAUGUAAUUCGGCAAAAGUCUCCACCACAAUCGGAUAUGGUACAUUGAUACCCAAAGGACAGAAAACAGUAUAGUCGGAGCCCAAAGCUUUUCGAGCUUUACAGUUGCUCCAGACAUGGCCCACUUGCAAUCGCCUGUCCACUUUGUGAUACCUAAAGUAAUAAUAUCUUUCACCAUCAAACAAU